CUCCCUUGAGGCCACCUCACCCCGCAGCGGGGAGGAGGGAGUGGUCAGCGUGGUUGCCGAGACACUGGGUGGCCUUUAUGCUGUGAACAGUGGCCUCAGAGGCUUUCCUGGCAGGAGCCCCGGGGACCCAAGCAGACAUGCAAACCCUGAGGCAAGAGGCUGCCCGGCCCUAUGUCCCCUCGGGGACCCUCGAGGCCAGCUUCCCAGCACCGCUUUACAGCAAUGACUACCUGUCCCUGGAGGGUCCCUGCUGGCCACCAGCCAUCAGGCAGGCCACACGCUGGAAGUACACGCCCAUAGGAUGGGACGCAGCCGGCCAGCUGUGGUACACAGGCCUGACCAACUCAGAUGCCUGGGAAGCCUGGUACAACCUGCCACGGGCCCCGGCCAGCCCCUUCCGCGAGGCCUACAACCGCUGGCACGGCUGCUACCAACACCGUGAGUGCAGCAAGCCAUCCGCCUACACCCAGCACCUGCGGGAGACCGCCUGGCACGACCCCAUCGUCCCUGCCCAGUACCAGGCCCCCAGCAUCCGGUGGGGGAGCGCACUGUGGAAAGACAGGCCAAUCCAGGGCAAGGAAUAUGCGAUCAACAGGAACCGGUACGGGGUGGAGCCACUGUGGAGGGCAUCAGACUACGUGCCCUCCCUGUCGGCACCCCAGCGCCCACCCGGCACCGCCCAGAACUACCGGGAGUGGGGCCUGGAACCGUACUGCCCCUCCACCUGCCAGCGGCCCCCGCCUUCCCUCACGUCCACUCCCCGAUAAACGCAUGCUGCCAGGACGCAUCCGCUGUGUCUCUGCACCCAGAUGACAGGGCACUAACCUAGUCCCAGGGGACCAGAGGCUCCAGACAGAGGCAGACGCUGGGCUCGCCGGCCGCCCACAACCAGGACAGGGCUGAGAUGCCCGGGCUACCCCUGCCCAGGGCCCCCCCCCCCUCCCAGGCAGACAGGAGCCAGGCCGCCG